AAGAUGUCACUGUUGAUAUGUUUGACUACAACACUUUUCUAUUGUUUUUGCCUUUUUCACAAAUCCCUAUUUUUUUUUUAUCAUACUCUCUGCGAUUCUCUAAACCGAAAGUCAGAAAAAUAAACAUAAGAUUUUUACGCUAGUGCCACAUCAUCCUCCAGGUAUUUAGCCUAAGAAAUAUUCAUUAUUGAUCUGUGUACUCUCAAUGGUUUUGUCUAUUACACAAUAGGUCUUAAAUUAUUUGUUGCUGUGUGAUGACGAAUCUCAUCUCAGUCAUAGCUUGUUUAUCUGAGGUAGUAGUACAGAACUGUAUUAGUUGUAUAAAUGCAAAUUAUUAUUCCCAGUUUGAAGUGGCUCGAGAUCAACUUCACUAUUCACAAAACAUGCAUCCAGUUUGUUCCCGAUUGGUCCCUCCCCUUUCAGUAGUGUAUAUUCAUUGGCACCUCGAGCUGUCAAUCAAAGCAGGGACGCAUGUUUUGCUUUUCAGAAUUGAUGCUAUAGAAAACUCAUAAAAUUGCUGCAGAAACAGGAGAGAGGAUGCGGUCGGCAAGAACACAUUUAACAGCCUGUUGGACGCAGAAGUUGAGAGUCAUCAUCAAUCAGUCAAAAUAUCCUCUCUUUCUUGCUUUGGAGGGUUUAAAUAGGUAGAAGAAGCGAUAAGGACUAUUACUGGGACUGACAUGCACACUUGGAAGUCAGAGGUCCAGAUGCAGAAAUCUGCCGCGCUUAUUGGGAUGGUCAGUCAUCAGACAGAUUUCACCGAGCUCACUUUCUCCAUGUUUAGCAGUAAAACAGACAUCUGCCCGAAACGCGUCCCUGCUGACGGCUGUGGCUCGAAUCCCGCCUCGAUACAGAUGCGCUGCGGAUCUGAAGAUCUCAAACUCCACGCGCAUCACACCUCCAAACUUCACUGUUUCACCAUGUCCCCCGGAGAAGUGAAUGGAGGAUGUAUCUCAUUCUGUUCAGAGAAGCAAAGCACUUCUGAGCUGACAGCAGAAGAGGGAACCUUGCUGCGCUGUGGACAGAACCUGCCAGUUCAGCCUGGAGCCCAGUAUCACCACAGCAGCCACUGUGAACCACCCACACAGAACCUUCACCUGCAGGAAAGCCCCCACCGAGACGCCAGGUCUGCUGGCUUUCAGACGGCUCUCAGCUCGCCGUCUCUGUCCGGUGGCGUCAAUGGGUGUCAUGCGUUGCCGUCGUACCCCAUCAAACAGGAAGGCUACAAGCUGGGAUCGUCCCUGGGCGACUUUUCAGGAGGGAUGGGAGCAGGUCGCAGGGAAUUGGACCGUCCGAGCAGUGGCGGCGGCGGCGGCGGUGGCGGUGAAGGUAACUUAGCAACAGUUCUCUCGUUGUCAGCAAUGGCGGUGACUGUGUAUCCAUUUAAUAAUGAAGAUGGCUCCUCCCCGCUGGCUUUGUCCCCGAGCUCGCGUCACUCAGCAAGGCCGAACGCGAGCGGACUGAAGAGACGCUGCCUCUCGGUGGCCUCCCAGUCAGCCUCGGAGGGAAUCGAUAUUGCUGCAAACAUCUGCUCCUCCCAGAUGUCCUGCGUUAACGGCCUGCGGACCAAUUCGUCGUCACCUACCGCCGCCACGUUCUCCCACAAGCCUCUCCCCAGCCCUCAGCUGCCAUCACCUUCCACCUCGUCCUGCCUCCUACCCCUCUCCUCUUCCUCCUCGUCCUCCUCGGUGUCAUCGGUGGAGCAUUGUGAGGACGUGGGCUCCAUGCAGCCGGGGCCUGGCGUGGGUAGCAGCGACGGGCUUGGACUUCUAAUACAGCCCGGCACUGUGCUGGACGGCUGUACGGCGACGCUGAAACAGGAACCAGUGGACGAGUUCUCUCCAAGUGAGGAGGAGCUCUUUCAGCAUCACUAUCACCAUCUGACGAGCCACGGAAGCCACUGCGGUGGGCAUUCCCACCAUCACCACCACCACCAUCAUCAAACAGGCCCCCCACGGCCGCCCAUGCCCCCUCCCUACCACCUGCACCAGUACAUGGGCUCCGGCCCAGGAGCUCUACUGCAUCUUCAGAGCCAGCAGCAGUCUCCACCCUCAGGCCUGCUGGCACAACCCAAACCCACAGGCCUGGUUGAACAGCAGGUGGGCGACAGGGAGGACGUAUUUAGCGAUAAGCAGGUAUGCCGAUGGAUUGACUGCAGCGCGGCGUAUGAGCAGCAGGAGGAGCUGGUUAGGCAUAUCGAGAAGGUCCACAUCGACCAGCGCAAGGGCGAGGACUUCACCUGCUUUUGGGCCGGAUGUGUGCGGCGCUACAAACCCUUCAAUGCCCGCUACAAGUUGCUCAUCCACAUGAGGGUUCACUCUGGAGAGAAACCUAACAAAUGCAUGUUUGAAGGGUGUAACAAAGCUUUCUCACGGCUGGAGAAUCUGAAGAUUCACCUGCGGAGUCACACAGGAGAGAAGCCGUACCUGUGCCAGCAUCCGGGCUGUCAGAAAGCAUUCAGCAACUCCAGCGACAGGGCAAAGCACCAGCGCACACAUCUGGACACUAAACCAUAUGCAUGUCAGAUCCCAGGCUGCACUAAACGCUACACAGACCCCAGUUCCCUCCGCAAGCAUGUGAAGAUCCACUCCGCCAAAGAGCAGCAGGUGCGUCGGAAGCUAAGGGCCUGCCCCCAUUUAGAAUCAGAAGCUCUGAGCGAAUGUCUGUCAAUCCAGCAUCUUCAUGGCCCCGCCCCUUCUCAGCAUCCCCACUGUACUGCCACCUCCCAGCACUCUCUGAAUGGGAAAGAAGGCCGUUCCCCAGCACUCGGGCAGGAGAUAUUCACAGGCCUGUACGCCGGCUCCAGCACGACGCACAAUGGAGCCCCACUUGAGUUGCUCUCUUCUGGACCUGACCUGCCCCCCAGGCAGCCCCGCCUGGACCGCGACAUUGGCAGCCCCCACCAUCUCUCCCCGCUGUCUGGCCUCGAGAACACACGGGAAGGGUUAUCCGGAGCUUUGCUGUCUCCAGGGAUCAGUCUGCUGAAGGCCGCCACGUCUCCUCCACCAACACUAGAGAAGCAACAGAACUCCUCUUCCAGCCAGCAACACCUCCACACUCACCAUAAACCCUACACCGCCUUCCACAACCUGCCUUCAAGUGAAGAUUACCGUGGCAAUUUCCAGAGCUGUUUCCAUUUUGGCGACGGCUACAGAAUGGACCAGUCCAUCAGCGGCGGCCAUCAAUCUGCAGAGUCCCACAGCUUCAACACAAACCAACACAACGGCUUCCACAUGAGCUGUUCCACCAGCACCUCUUCCACAGGUUUCAGCUUGGUGCCGGACAUCAUAGGAUCAGGUUGCCAGUUCUCACCGGGCACAGAGGAGAGUGUUUUCUUUCAGGUGGGCGGGUUCGAUCGCGGCUUGAGCCAAAUGUCAUCAGUGUACACAGAGACAUAGGACCAGCUUACCUUGUCGGCCAUCAACACAAUUGUCUUCUUUCAGACCAAAACUCUCUUUUCUUUUAUCUAUGCAGUUUCAACCUGUCAAGAGUUUAGAUUUUUUCCCUCAGAAUUCAUCUUUUUUUCCAUGAAAUCCGUAGUUGGAUCACCUCAGUUGGACUGAAAUAUCUGCUCCCUUGACUACGUGAAAAGCUGCUAUUCCACAGCAACGAAGGUUAAAUGAUGAAGGGUUUGUGUUUGUGGAGUGUUUAUUUGUGGAUGUUAUGAAAUUGUGCUUUUUUCACAGUGUUUUGAAAGAUAUGUUCAAAGUCUCAUGAGAUACUCCCUUUUCGUCAUCAAGGCAUCACUAGUCUUAAUAAAUCCAGCUGGUCAGUUCAGAUCCUAUUGUGACUUUGGAACGGUUUGAUAGAAACUUCAGAACCACCACAGCUCAUCAGUGAUGAGUUCCACAUUUCCCUCUCAGAGCUCUUUUUCUGAUUUGUUGGCUGUUGUGUUGGAAACAAUUAUUUAGUGUUGCUGUGUUUUGUCAGUGAAUGUUUGCAAAUGUUUGUAUUGCUUUGUCAUUUGGUUGUCAUCAUCCCAGAUAAACAGAGUUCUUUAUUUUGUAAUGGUUGAUGGCUUUAAUAUCUACCACACUUUCAACGUAUGUAUAAAAUGUACAGUUUGUUUAAUAUUAAUAAUUAUGUCAAUCUC